UCUCUUUCUCUCUCUCGCACACAAGGAAAGAGGAAAAAGCAACAGCGAGCAAGCGCUCAGAAAUCCAGUCCCAGUCCGUCUCCGGCCGUUUUCUUGAAUAAUAAUUUGAUCUGUGAACUGUGCAGCCCGAGAAACGGGAAGAGGAGCGAUCGGCUCCUCCACCCACACCUCCCGAGCCACGGACAGAAGCUACGGACGCUCGGACGGACGGAAAGCAGCUCAGGCCGCAAGUGAUUAGUUCCUGGACAGACACUGACAAAAGGCUGCGAGCGCACGCAGGAACUAUGGAGGGCUGAACACGCGCAGAUCCUCUUUGUGGACCGACGUGUCCUCCACGGGGUCUGUCAGUGUGGACGUGGCGCUCUGGGGUGUGUUGACGUGCUGAUGGCUGUGUCUGAGGUAAGAUCGCCAUCGCUGGCGGUGUAAGGGCGCUUUAAGAGGCCGUUUCUGCCGCUGUGGGAGGAGGAAGAGCAUGUGGAGCCGUGGGAGCUCUUUAUGUUUGCCUCACUGCUGACUGUUUAAAGUCUCACCACGGUGACCAAACACACGGCGGUUUAAAGAAAGGGCAAAAAAGGGGGAAGACUGGAAUCUGCAGGCACGUCAAAUUAAAAGUUGACAGAGUGCUUCCAGGUCAAAGUGCAGUGGGCGGAGCUUGAGCGUUUUUUGUUGUUGUUGUUUGUUUUGUUUACCUGUUCAGACUGAAGACUUUUACCAACAUAAACUGUCAAAUGAGAGCAGGAGCGAGCACGACGACGCCCUGAACGCCGUGGAAAGUGUGGUUUUGUUACCUUUACAGCAGCGACCGCAGAGCUCGGCUGUCCGUCUUCUUCUUCUGUGGUGCGCUAACCGAGCGAUGGCCAUGGUGAGCGGCGGCUGGGGAGAUCCCAAUGGAGGCACCAACGGGCUGGGAGACAACAAGAGCUACCUGCGGGGGGAGGAGGAGGAGGACGCCUCCCCUCAGGCUGGAGGCAGUGACAUGGACGCCGGAGAGGAGGACAAGGGCUGCGUGGUGGACUGCGUGGUGUGCGGCGACAAGUCGAGCGGUAAACAUUACGGCGUGUUCACGUGCGAAGGCUGCAAGAGCUUCUUCAAGAGGAGCGUGAGACGGAACCUCAGCUACGCCUGCAGGUCAAACAGAGAAUGUCAGAUAGACCAGCACCACAGGAACCAGUGCCAGUACUGUCGCCUCAAGAAGUGUUUUCGUGUGGGCAUGCGUAAAGAAGCAGUUCAGCGCGGCCGCAUCCCCCCUCAGCCCAGCCUCAGUCCUUCCAUCACACCUAUAGGUGGUGCCAGUGGGCUUGGUGGUGGUGAGUUCUACGCCAACAACAAUGGAGGAACUGGUGGAGGGCAACCGGUGUCAGAACUAAUUUCUCAGCUUCUGCGAGCUGAACCGUACCCCAGUAGUCGAUUUGGACACCAGUAUAGCCAACAGACCGGUCCGGAUAACGCCAUGGGCAUCGACAACAUCUGUGAGCUUGCUGCCCGCCUGCUCUUCAGCACUGUGGAGUGGGCCAGAAACAUCCCGUACUUCCCCGAGCUACCUGUGUCAGAUCAGGUGGCGCUGCUGAGGCUAAGCUGGAGCGAGCUUUUCAUCCUGAACGCAGCCCAGUCUGCUCUGCCGCUCCACAUGGCUCCUCUGUUGGCAGCAGCUGGCUUCCACUCAUCCCCCAUGUCUGCAGAACGUGUGGUGUCCUUCAUGGACCAGGUAAGGGUGUUCCAGGACCAGGUGGACAAGCUGACCAGGCUGCAGGUGGACUCUGCUGAGUACAGCUGUCUGAAGGCCAUUGCCCUCUUCUCACCAGACGCCUGCGGACUGACAGACCCGGUUCAUGUGGAGUCUCUGCAGGAGAAGGCUCAGGUGGCUCUGACAGAGUACGAGAGGAUGCAGUACCCCAGUCAGCCUCAGCGUUUUGGCCGCCUGCUCCUGCGUCUCCCUGCUCUGCGUGCCGUCCCUGCCAGCCUCAUCUCACAGCUCUUUUUCAUGCGUCUGGUUGGAAAGACACCCAUUGAGACGCUGAUCCGUGAUAUGCAGCUCUCCGGAAGCUCCAUCAGCUGGCCGUAUGUCCCUGGGCAGUAGCUCCCCCCGAUGGACGAGGUUUCCGUCUGGGAUUAGUGACGAUAUGGACCCGCAGGAACCUUCCUGACUCAUCAUUAUCCAUGUGUGGUUACCAAGCUGCAGCAGCAGCUGGCCAUCAUAUGUACUUUACUGUACUGUAACAGCUUUCCUCCCCCUCACGUCUCCAUACGGACCUCCAAAGUGGAGUCGGUACUCAACUGGAUCAGUCUUGGUGCCAGCUGAGUUUUUCUGGUGCCAGAUUCCAGGCCAGUGACCAGCACUUCCUGGUGGGCUCCAGUGUGAUCACCACAGCUCUUCGUAUCACCAGCCACCUGGCACAGUGAUUUCAGACUCUGCAGUCACAAGUAGAGGGCAGCAGAACCCUGCAAGAACACGUAGAGAGUCAGUAGAAGGAUUUCUCCUCACUGAGCUCACUUCACGACUCACCAUUAACAGUAGCUGCUUUCACACCAAAUGUACAAGAACAGUCAGGACUGUGUCGUUCCUGCUCUGACUUCCUUUCUACUUUCAUACUGCACUUUGAUUACCAUGAAGAUGAUGUACGUUUAAAACAUGACAUCUCUUUGUAUAACAGAGCCCCAUCAGUUAUUAAAGGGGUCAUAUUAUGCACAUUGUCGUUAAGUCAGUACAGGUCGGCAGAUGUCUCAAAAAAAAAAAAAAUCACUACUGGGUACUAAGACGAUGUGUGCUCAAAACUAAUUUUCAGGUUUCUAAAAGACAUGUUUCCAUGUCUGUUGCUUUAAAAGGACACAAGCUCUUUCGUACCGUGCUCACUCCACAGUUUUCUGA